AUGCCUUCAUCCCCUUUGACACCCUCGCGGCAGGGGGUGACAGUGGGCUCCUGCUGCAGCGGAUGGUGUUUGGAACUGUUUGCAGCGCGGGAGAUCACCAGAGACUUCGGCGUGGCCUUCAUCCCUGUCUUCGGGUGCGACAUAGACCGCAGUGCUGCUGAGGUCUGCCGUGUGGCCCACACUCAUACCUACUGGCAUGAAGACUGUACACAGGACAGCUUCCUGCGUAUGCCACAAGUGGACUUUUUCGCAUGCGGCUUUCCCUGCCCUAGCUACAGCGUUCAGGGCGUGAGGCUGGGCCUUGAGGACCUUCGCGGACAGCUGAUAUUUUAUAUCAUCCGAUUCAUAGCCAUUCGUCGGCCGCAUACCUUUGUCUUAGAGAAUGUCAGCAACCUCUAUCACGAGUUUCCAGAAGUUUUGUCUUGCUCCUGGAAAUGCUUUCGGCAGUACCCGGGCAGCACGGUGGAUCACAUACAUUACGAGGUGGCUAUGCGCAGCAUCGACGAGUUUGUGAUGAAAGCUCAAGAGGACACUGGACUCGGACAGGUCCUGCCGGGCCGGUUGCCAGCUUCAGAGCGGCACAGACACCUCUUGCUGGACGUGAUUGAGCGCCUGGCAGCGGCAGGCUUGGACCCACUGACAGCUCGGGCAGUGAUCAACCUCGGGGGCACGAAGGCUCACUUCAACAUUGGUUACAUUGGUUAUUGUCCUUGUCUGAGAAGCGCACGGGCGGGCGACAAACAGUUUUGGGCCGCAUGGCUCCAGCGGCCUCUGACUGACAAGGAAAUUUGUUCUCUGAUGGGCACUGAUGGGUGUAAACAUCGAAAGUGUGGCCGGAGCGGUCAGUGCGCGACAACUGAGACAACUAGCUGGGAAUGCGAUUCCGGUGCCACUCAUGAAGGGUGUCAUGCUCUCUGUGUUCCGAGCCUGGGGCCUUUUGUAAGCAACAUGACCUGA